UGUGCUUCAUUACAUGAACGCCCUCAGGACAGUAUGGUCUUACUCGCAGUUUUAUCAUCUCUUAAUUAGGUAUCCUGGGCGGUCUCAAUGGCCAAGGCAGGGUUGCGAAUGAAGACUGAUGACAAAGACGCCAUUGUGCGGGAGACCAAUUUGGCUCGUCGAAAAGCUCUGCAGAUUUACCUUCUUCAGGUCAUGCAGCAACUUAACGGCACUGUCGCUUACGACCUCUACGAGUUCCUCGAGAUUUCUGCCUUAUCAUUGACCAAGGACAUGGGCUGGAAAGGCAAGGAGGGCUUUGUGGAGACUAAGGUCUCGGACACCAGCAAUACAUUCUGUGGGAUCCCUUUCGGGUUCACUGAGUACGAUAGAUCAUGGGCUAUCCUUCGUGACUCGUAUAUGGCCUUCUGCCGCGACAACAGCUCAAACGAGUGCCAGGACGUGUUCAUCUUUGACCAGAACUUUUACGUCCAUCACAAGGAACAGAUUCUUGGUCUGAAUCUUCACCACAUCGAGAUCGGAAAUAAUCAUCGCAAGAUCGAGAUAAAGGGAGAUCACAAUCGAGAUAUGGCUGAGUGGAUGGAAUUUUUCAACAAGAUGCAGUCGUCGAGCCCAUGGAUCAAGUCCCAUCGUUAUGGCAGCUUUGCGCCCGAGCGCGAGGAUGCGAAGGUCCGAUACUAUGUCGAUGGUAAAGACUACUUUCAUGCGGUCUCGGACGCCAUCCUGGCUGCUAAGGACGAAAUCUAUAUCGCUGACUGGUGGCUCUCACCCGAAUUGUACCUUCGUCGUCCUCCAGAGAAGAAUGAAGAAUUCAGACUGGACAGACUGCUCAAGAGAAAGGCGAUGGAAGGAGUCAAGAUCUAUAUUGUUGUCUACAAAGAGAUCUCUCUUGCACUGACCCUGGACUCUGCCCACACCAAGACCUGGCUCCAGGAUCUUCAUCCUAGUAUCCAAGUUCAACGCCAUCCUGACCAUAUGAGCGUCAAUGCUACGCAGUUUUGGGCCCACCACGAGAAAAUCUGCGUGGUUGAUUGCCGUUUGGCGUUCAUUGGAGGACUCGAUUUGUGCUUUGGAAGAUACGACAGCAGAACCCACCAAUUGGCAGACUAUCAUCCAUCGGGCAGUGGAGUCAUCUGGCCCGGUCAGGACUACUCGAAUCCUCGUAUCAAAGACUUUAUGAAUGUCAAGGAUUAUAAUACCGAUUUGAUCGAGAGAAAACUGCUCGGCCGCAUGCCCUGGCACGACGUUUCUAUUGGUGUUGCCGGUCAACCCGCCAGAGACAUCGCUCGCCAUUUCGUCCAGCGCUGGAAUUUUGUGAAGCGUGAAAAGGGCAUGAAGAAGACGCACAUGAAGUUUCUGACGCCUAAAGGCGAGUUUGUGAGUACACGCAAUGAAUCUGGGUGGACAGGAACACAAAAAGUCCAGAUCCUGAGGAGCAGCACCCUCUGGUCCCAAGGCGUCGACUUGGAGCGCUCCAUUCAGGAUGCCUAUCUGGCCAACAUCGAGAAGGCCGAGCACUUUAUUUACAUUGAAAACCAGUUUUUUGUGACUCUGGCGGCUGAGAAUGGCCAUCCUGAUCUCAAGAACACGAUCGGUAUCGCUCUAGUGAACCGUAUUCUGAGGGCACACAGUGAGGGUAAAAAGUUUCGUGUCAUCGUUGUCAUGCCCCUGAUGCCAGCAUUCGAAGCCGAUAUCAUGUCAAGUGAAGCAGGCACGUUACGAAAGGUCAUGCACUUUCAAUACGUCUCGAUCUGUCGCGGAGGAAAUUCUGUGCUCGAACGACUUGAAGCCAAUGGUAUCAGACCUGACCAGUACAUUGGCUUUUAUGGCCUCCGCAGUUUCGAUCGCAUCAAGCACGGAAAGUUUGAUGCGAUUGUAGAGGCUGUGAAGGAGGCAGAGCGAGAUGGGGCCACCAGCGGUUCCCUUGACGAGGCUCAAGAAUCGGAAGAUGCAUCGCAUAGUGAGAUCAGAGCACGCUCCACCCUAGCCAACGGCCAGGACACCCAGACACCAGCUAGUCCAGCAAAGGACAAGGCGCCCAAGGUCGUAGAGGGUGGUAAUAUUGGCAGGACAAGAUCCCUGGCAUCCAAGUUUUUGUUAGACCCUAUUCCUCGCGAUAAGGAGGCCGAGCGCAUCAAGGCGAUUUCGGACAAACGAAAGGAGCUUGACAAGAAAAGACGAUGGGACGAGAGUAUUACCAAGCGAGCAAUGGGAAUGUCCAAGAAGGAACACGGUUACAUCCCAGCCACGACCAACAGAUCGCUCGCCAACAAGAAACUUACAGGCGCCAUUCGUCACGAAACCGCCAAGGCUGAACAAGCUGCUAAGGAGCACCAUUACCAAGGAGGGACGACACAGUUCAGCGAACCCCACGUAGUUGAAGGCCUUGGUAACAUGGUCCGGACAGCAGUCAACACGCUCAAGGGUACCAAGGAGCAGGGAGACUUAGAGCCCAAGCACCACAAGAUCACACGGAACCCGAUCAUCCACCAUAACGAGUCGAAUCUCGACCCUAUACAUCCGGACAAGGCCCGAGUAGGAAGUGAGCAGACGGAUGAUGUAGACCAGGCCGUGGGCAGCAAAGAGGAUGUAAAGAAAGAGAAGAAGGACAAAGAGGAGGCAGAAAUGAUCAUUGAACCUUCGCCUCACGCAUCUGCCCCAGGUGGCGAGUCCUCCGGUAGCAGUGGCGGUAAGCCAGUGAGCAUGGAUGGUGAGACAACGGUGGAAGAUAAUGAGGUGGACGAUUUUGUGACAGAGCAGCUGUACAUCCACAGCAAGCUGAUGAUUGUCGACGACCGCAUCAUUAUCAUCGGAUCAGCUAACAUCAACGACCGCUCCCAGGUUGGAUUCCGCGACUCUGAGAUUGCCAUCGUGAUCGAAGACACCGAUAUGGUUCCUUCAAAGAUGAACGGUGAAGAGUACCAAGCUGGUAAAUUAGCACAUGGUCUGCGGACAGAUCUAUUCAAGGAACAUCUGGGACUUUUGCCCCACGUCGAACACGAUGUUGUGACCAAGGCCAGUGUGUUGCCUGUCGAUCUCGAUGCACCUAGCAAGGAUCCAGAGCAGCAGCGCAGGGAACUGAUCGCCCGUUCCGAGCAGGAGCAUCAGGAAAAGAUUCACGCUCCUUUUGGAACUCAGGGCUAUUUGCAGGUGACCAUGCCCGAUGAAGAGGACGCCCAGGCGUUCCAGCAGUGGCAUGCAAAGCGGACACAGGUACAGGCGCAAGCGCAAGAGAAACAGGCGGCGGUGCAAUCUCCCAAGACCGCAGACCAAAUCGUCUUGGAUCCAUUGCAUGACGACUUUUACGAGUCCUGGUGGAAGCGUGUCGCAGCCACGAACACGAGGAUCUUUAGGGAGGUCUUCCAUUGCGUACCAGACCAGAACGUCGAGACUUGGGAUGACUACAAGAUAUUUAUGCCCGACCCGAAGAAAGUUCUGACGGGACAUGUAGUCAUGGAAGGAGCGACGGUCGAGAACGUGACGGAGAAGUUGCAGGGCGUCACUGGACACUUGGUGGAGUUCCCGACAAAAUUCUUGUGCAAGGAGAACCUCCUCGGAAACAUCGUCGAAGGUGCCGUAACACCCAUGGAGAUCUUUACGUAGAGUCAUUAACAGCUAUUAUUUAUAAAAAAAAAGGAAAAAAAAAAAGGCGCCCUUGAAAUCGUACAUCUA